UGGUGAUGGCUCGAGUAAGGAGGGUCACAGAAACACUAGACGGUCUCACGGCAUAUAAAGUGCGAAUCAAGAGAUUGCUGAAGGCAUCGGAAAAGGUACAGCUGAUUCUGCAGAAGGGCCUUAUCUACACGAUUCCCGGGACAUGUGAAUCGGAGCUGGAAUCGCGCACCUCCUACGUGAUAACCGGCAACGUGGAAGCCAGCAAGCCGUGGACGAACAUCUGCCACUUCGUACAGCCGUGGAAGUCCCUCUCGCCCAAAAUGAAGAAGGGUUUCAGACUCUUGUACCAGAGCGGGUGCGAUUGUCCGAUCAUGUCCUGUCACUUUUGGCAGUCGUGUCCCAAAGCCAGUUUCUUCUGUGCUUGGGAAACGUCAACUGAGAGGGAUGAUUGCCAAGGACGGCAUGCUGUGUGCCUCCGUGGCCCCGACGGCACCUGCGGCUGGCUCGGAGGACGGCUGUAUCGCACGUGCAUGAAGGCCCGCGGCAACAGACCCGACGGCGCCAACAGCACGGUCAUCUACAACAACGACAGCGACCAGGAAAACAACGACCACGACAACAGGAUCAACGCCGAGAACGACAGCCUCCCCCCUCGUCGCGGCAGGCUGUCGAGAUUCGGCUACAAGAGGGCUGGAGGACGAGCAGUAGGAGUGGGUGCCGGAGGCGGAGGAGGAGGACCUGGCUUCCGACGUCGGAGGCCCCUGAGGCGGCGCCCCCAGAGGCCUCACCAAGCCAUCGCAAGAAUUGGCUACGGAAUGAAACAUGCUUGAAGCGUCCUUCUCCCUCAUAGAAACUGCUUUCUCGCCUUCUAGAUAGGUAGAUCUGAUGUGCUUAUUUAAAAACAAAAAAUGAUAACGUGAAUGACUCGAAAGCUGUUUUGCUUAUGUUAAUGUUCAAAACAGCACAUAUCUUACAGUUAAUACUCUUGAAUCAGCCAUAUCAAGAAGUUAACAUGCAAUGCCAACGAAGGUAAUAUCAAAGCUUACUAAAUGAUACUACUGCAUGACACUCUUCAUAUUGUAAAUGUUACUUUUGAGAUGAUUUCAUAGUGUAUCGGAAAUAAAAUUUAUAUUUUGGUAUUAGCUUUUUAUGUUUAUGGUGAAGGUAUAUGAUUAUAUAUAGCUGGAAUGAAUCUAGUCUGUUGAUAAUGUAAGUAGACUACAUCAAAGGUAGGUAGUAGCUGACCUUGGUGCAUUUUUAUUGCAUUUAAAUGUUGUUACUGAUCUGUCUACAUAAUAAAUAUUAAUAUGGGAAUGUUUUAGGAUAUUGUACAAUAAGUUUGUAGUUGAUGUAAACUAUAGGAAAAGGCACAGGCUGCAGUUGCUGUUUUUAUCAUAAUGGUCCAGUGCAUUGAUCUUCAAACCACUGCUAGUGAAUUUAUUGCAUUAGAGCAAAGGCAGUAAAAAGAAAUUGGCACAAUAUGUAAUAAAGUAAUAUGUAUGAGAUAUUAUACUUUGACUUUUUUUGUUCUUUUGAUUAAAAUACGUCAUAGUAUUUAUCUCAACGCAUUUAAUAUUUAACUGUAUUUUCUCACUAAAAACAGCAUUAAUAAGUGUAUAUAUUGUUAUAAUUUAGGGAAAGGCAUUAAAUUACUUACACUUCUAUAAUUUCUGCAGCAUAGACAGUUUUGUCAGAUUGUGAAAAUUUAGUAAAUAUAAUUUUAACCUACAAUAGCCAAUGUUUGUUGUAAAGUUGUUGUAAGUUGUGCCCACAUUAUUACAAUGUAAUAUAGCAUAUACCUUGGAGGUUAAUGAUAUGAAGUUGGAGACAAAUAUAUGUUCAAUCUGGAUAUUUUUUUUUCUACAAACAACCAAUUGAUCUAAAAAUAUUUAAAUUGUUACUUGAAUUUAGAAUCAUUAAUGCAUAAGAAUUACCUGUCUCUGUCUUUUUUUCAACAAUUUCACAAGUACUAUAUUUCACAUUGUUUUUUUUACAAUCCCCUACAUUGUGAUGCUAUAAUCAGAAGGAUUGGAAAUGUGGCUUUGAGUCCACAAUAAUUUGAUAGCUUUGUGUUCACUAUUAUAUCAUACAAUAGUUUUGUGUUCACUGUUUAAUAAUGUUUAUGUCAGCAUACACUGUGAUAUCAUAUUAUAUUACAUUGUUUUGUAUAUGAUAUCAUAUAAGGCUUUGUGUUCAAUAUAUGAUAUCACUUGUGUAAGCAUGACAUUACUAUAUCUUGCACACGAAAAUUGGUAUAGAUUUAUGUUCAAUACAUAUUAUAUGUUUUCCAUUUGGUGUAUGAUGAUUUUGUGUUCACUGUAAGACAUAUCUUGUUUAUGUUCACAACAGGAUAUUAUCAGUCUCUUUAUGUUUACUUUAUGGUAUUCCUUAUACAAAUUUCAUGAUCAUAUGAGCAAAAGGGGAGCUUGUUUUAUUUGUUCACUUCUACUUCAAAUUUCUACUUUGAAGUUAAAUAAGGUUUGUAUUAAAGAAUGUUCGAAAGUUAUUACCUUCCCCCCUGACAAAACAAAACAAAAUCAUGUCUCUCGGGUUGUAUUGAUUUUUUUUUUCUAAUAGACAGGUAAUUCUUAAACUUUAAGGUUUUACUUCAGGUUAUGAUUGAAAGUGUUAAAAUGAACAAAGUUCCCUUGCCCCACUUAUAGAAUAAUAUUUAUUGUCUAAUGUUCCUUUGAUGUAAUGGGAUCAUACAUAACAAUAUCAAUAAAAUUGCUCUGAACUGAAUUUAUAGAAUUCUUUUGAUAUGUAUGAAUUAAUGAUUAGGGUAUGUUGUAACCCCCAUUACAGGUGUCAGUAAGAUUUUACAUUUUUACAUUAUUUCAUGCUUAUUAACCAAAGAUUCUUUUGGUUCAGAAAUUGUCUUCAAUCUUAUAUUUAUGAGUGAAUGAAAAGGGGUAAUAUGGCUUUUUUAUAUGUAUUUUAAUUAUCUGGAUGUUUUAUUAUUAUGAGGCAGAUCCAUAGAGGCCAAAAAAAUAGAGUAUUUAGAAGACCUGAUUUAAGAUGUAGAUCGCAAGUUCCUAUUUUAUAUUGUCGAAGUUAUUAUUUUGUGUAAGAGUUGUUGAAAUGUAUUUUGUAUGAAAAACCUUGUAAGCAAAUCUGAAAAAUUUUCAUCCUAACAUGAUAAAUAACAGAACAGGCAUCAAUAUACACUUGAAAAUAAAAUUGUUCAUAUACUGAGUAAUGAAUAUUAGCCUUGUUCAUUCUAUCUAACAUCCAUACACUGUACUUACAGGGAUAUUACAAGUGGUGAGUGUGAUUCAUACAUAUUUCAGUUAUUUUUUUUGUAUCCAGGCACACACUCUGAAGACAGUUCUAUUCCUGAAAUAAAGUCGCAUUUUGAUCUAUUUCAGUAGCAAUGGCAUUAAAUUUUCCUGAAUUCAGAAUGACUUCUUUGGUCCAUUUCAGUGUGUCUGAAAUAGUUAUAGAUUUUUUUUCAUCUGUAUUUGGAUUUAUGUGGAUCUGCCUCUUGCUUAUAAAAGGUUUAUAAUGUGUACAAAUUAUGAAAAGGCUUCAGUAUACCUGUUUGAAUUCUGGUGCUGAAAACUGGUCAGAGUGUAUGUAAUGCAUGUUAUCUUUUCAAACCAGAAUUUUUAUGCAUAUUCUUUCUGAAACUAUAAUGCAAAAGAUAAUAUUUAAGACAAGAAUCAUGUAAUGUCAAAUUUUAAAAGAAGACAGAUUAUUUAUGACAAAUAUCUACAAUCAGUGAGUCAGACUAAAAUGCACAAUAUUAUUAAUACUUUAAUCUUAAUAAUUUUAGCUUGAAUAAAUUGUUGAAUAAAGAAAUAUAUGAAAUUUUAACAUAACUUUUUUCUUGGCAUUUUCAAAUCUGGUGUAAUUUUUAUGGUUAAAAUAUUGUUGAUUCUAAACUUUGGAGUUGUUUAUUUAUUUAGGUAAAUGUGAGAAAAAUAAUUGUUGUAAUGCUGUUCAUCACAAAAUAAAGGUAUCUGACCUC